UACGUGGACUUUGAGAUGUUCAGAAGGUAUUUAGCCGCAUGGCCUGAAGCUCAGAGAACAAGGCAGAGAGAGGUCUCUCAGGCGGCGGCCGAGCUUCAGCAGUACUGCAUGCAGAAUGCCUGCAAGGACGCCCUGCUGGUCGGCGUUCCAGCUGGAAGCAACCCCUUCCGGGAGCCCCGGUCCUGUGCUUUACUCUGAGGACUGGAAAGAAGUUCGCUGAGGAAUGCUUUCAAUGCAAAGUAAUGAAUGACUGCCUCCAAUCUCAAGAAAAAACAUUUUUUCUCUAACCAAAUAACUUUGAGAUAUUUCAGACCCUUCCCGUGGCCUGGUCCUAUAGCCAAAAUUCUACAGAAAUUGAUGAGUUUCUACUCAAAUAAGGAAAUUGGGUAAGGGAGUAGACUUUUAAAUAAAAAUGGCUUGGUUUAUUUGGUGAAGUGCUUUAUACUUAAGACAAACAAAAACCUUACCAUCAAAUAUACCAAAAUGUUCCUCUUUCAUAAGUGAAUUUCUAGUGUUUCUAUACCAGGAAUAUUAUGUAUGUUUUAUUUACUGGAUGUUUACAUUUGGAGAAGGAAAACAUUUUUGUUUUUUAAAAAAAAAAAAAAAAACUGAAUAUUUGUAAUUAGUUGUUCCUAAGAUUUUUGCACCAUAACAAAAUUUGUUCUUUUCUCAUGAAUUUAUAAUUUCCAAAUGAAGAUAAGCCAGUGUAAAAUCGGAGGAAGAAUAGGCUUUAUUAAAUCAAAUGAUGUCUUGAUUUUUCUAAAUGGGAAGAUUGUUUAAUUUUUAACACUAAUCAUGGGAGCUGUCUGUUUUUAGCAAACUCGUUUGGAAAGAUCAAUGUUGUGUCGUGCGUUAGAGUGCACCAUCCUGUGUAUGAAGCAGAGUUGAUCUUUGUCUUAAGUUCUUCUACUUUAUAGUUGCGGUUGUACUUUAAAAAAAUACUGAAUUAUUUCAUGUCUUUAAAAAAAUGUUUAAAAUGUGACUUAAAGAACAUUGCAAAUGAUUAAAAACAAAGUAACAUGAAAAUCUUACAAAUUAAAUGAAUUCUUAAUGUCAUAAGUGUUUUUUACUUUGUUGAUGUGCCUUUGAUUUUAUUUGGAACACUUUUCAAAGGAUAUUUUAUUUGUGUUUGUAAUAAUCUUUGAAGAGCUUGAAAAUAAAAUUUCUGCUUAAUUCAUCCUUUUCUAUGACAGCAA